AUGAAAAUAUGGUUAGGUUUUUUAGAAAAGUUUUAUAGCGAAGAUGACUCGUAUUUAUGUGAUCCGACAGUUAGUAAGAUAGGAGGACGUCCGAUAUGGAUUAAUUCGAAAGUGAUUCCUAAAUCUCAAGAUUUACAGUGCGGAAUCUGCAAAAAGAUGAUGAGACUUCUUCUACAAUUAUAUUGCCCUGAAAUAGAAAGUCCUUUUAGCUAUCAUCGAGUGAUAUAUGUCUUUGUGUGUGAAGAUGGAUCAUGCCAAAGAUCAGGAUUUAGUAAAUCAUUUAAAGUUAUUCGUGUACAGAAAGACAAUUCGAAAGAUAUAGAUAUAGAAACGAGUCAUUUGUGUGUUGUAUGUAAUAUAUUAGGGACAUACAUUUGUUCGAAGUGUAAAACAACAAGAUAUUGUUCGAAACAACAUCAAAAAAUACAUUGGGAACUUGCAUUGCAUAAAAAUUAUUGUGGAACAUCGGAAGGAUCAAAAUGGCCUGUUUUGAAAAAAGCGUGGUGGAAUGAAAUGGAAAUUAUUUGUGAAGUAGAACCAGAGGAGACUUUGCCUAUAGGAAAUGAAUUAAUACAACAUAAAUAUGGGCCAAAUGCAAUACCUGAUAAGUUUGAAAAGUUUUCAGAAAUUAAAGGUGACAAAACAUUUUUUCAGUUUCAAAAACGGUUAGGGAGAGCACCAACACAAAUAUUACGAUAUAUAAGAGCAGAAUCGAAUGAUACAGAAGAUAGUCCCAUUCUAUGGAUAAGUUCAGAAGGACAGCUGAAUAAUUCAGAAAUUGCUAAAUGUCCAUGUGGAGAGAAAAGAACCAUUGAGUUUCAAAUAAUGCCUACGCUUCUUUCUUUUUUAAAUAUAGAUUAUUCAGAGAAAUAUUCUUUGGACUGGGGUGUUUUAAAUGUGUAUACUUGUGAGAAAAAUUGUAUGUUAGCAAAUAAUAAUGUUUGCCAAGAACUUCUCUGGAGACAAGAAAUUUCAAAUGAGAUUAUUAGUGGAGUAUAA